CUCUGAUCAGCAUAUCCCAAUUUGUAAUUCUGUAUCUCUUUAAAUUAUACACGACUACACUAAUUCAUUUUAUCUUCUUCAACCCUCAUGGCUUCUACGGCAGUUGAAUCCAAGCUCUCUAAUCUCAGCAUCAAUGACGAUUUGCUCGCCUCCGCUCCUAAUCUCCGCAAUAACCUCUCUCUCCUCUCUUCUAAACAGAUCGAUUUGGCGAAGAUGUUGCUGGAGAUGAAUCAAAGUCAUUUGUUUAAGCAUUGGCCUGAUCCAGGUGUCGACGAUGAUAAAAAACUCGCUUUCUUUGAACAGGUGAAUCGACUUGAUGGGAGUUAUCCUGGUGGUCUAGCAUCAUAUAUUCAAACUGCUAAAGGACUUUUAGCUGAUUCAAAGGCUGGGAAGAAUCCAUUUGAUGGUUUUACACCUUCUGUUCCCUCAGGAGAGGUAUUGACUUUUGGCGAGGACAACUUUAUUCAAUUCGAGGAAGCUGGUGUCAAAGAAGCACAAAAUGCUGCAUUUGUUCUUGUUGCAGGAGGCCUUGGGGAACGUCUUGGUUACAAUGGUAUAAAGGUGGCCCUUCCUUCAGAAUCGACUACAGAUACAUGUUUCUUGCAGCGGUACAUCGAAUCUAUCCUAGCAUUACAAGAGGCUAGUUAUAGAUCAACACAAGGAGAAUCCAAAAGAGACAUCCCAUUUGUUAUAAUGACAUCUGAUGAUACACACUCGCGUACCUUGGAGCUUUUAGAAACAAACAAUUAUUUUGGAAUGAAGAGUAAGCAAGUACACCUUUUGAAGCAGGAAAAAGUGGCUUGCUUAGAUGAUAAUGAUGCCCGGCUUGCUGUGGACUCACAAAAUGCAUUUACAAUUCAGACUAAGCCUCAUGGACAUGGUGACGUUCAUGCGCUUCUUUAUUCAAGCGGCCUCCUUAAAGAAUGGCAUGAUGCAGGUUUAAGAUGGGUUCUGUUUUUCCAAGACACAAAUGGACUUCUUUUCAAGGCAAUUCCGGCAUCUUUAGGGGUUAGUGCCACCAAGAAAUAUCAUGUAAAUUCUCUUGCUGUUCCUCGCAAAGCUAAAGAAGCCAUUGGAGGCAUUACAAAGCUCACUCAUUCAGAUGGGAGAACGAUGGUAAUUAAUGUGGAAUACAAUCAGCUUGAUCCGCUGCUUCGGGCUAGUGGGUACCCUGAUGGUGAUGUCAAUGACGAAACAGGCUUUUCUCCUUUUCCAGGAAACAUAAAUCAGUUAAUUCUUGAACUUGGCCCGUAUAUUGAAGAGCUUACAAAAACAAAAGGUGCUAUAAAGGAGUUUGUUAACCCCAAAUACAAAGAUUCUACGAAAACUGCAUUUAAGUCCUCAACUCGACUGGAGUGUAUGAUGCAAGAUUAUCCAAAGACAUUGCCUCCUUCAGCAAGAGUUGGAUUCACUGUGAUGGAUGCAUGGCUUGCUUAUGCACCUGUGAAGAAUAACCCUGAAGAUGCUGCGAAGGUACCGAAGGGAAAUCCAUACCACAGUGCUACUUCAGGAGAGAUGGCCAUCUAUAAGGCGAAUAGCCUCGUAUUGAGAAAGGCUGGUGUUAAGGUAGAUGAUCCUGUAAGUCAGGUGUUCAAUGGGCAGGAGGUAGAAGUAUGGCCUCGUGUUACAUGGAAGCCAGAUUGGGCACUCACAUUUGCUGAGAUAAAAAACAAAGUGAGUGGAAAGUGCUCGAUUUCUCAGAAGUCCACUAUGGUUAUCAAUGGUAGAAAUAUCUUUGUUGAGGAUCUAUCUUUGGAUGGAGCUCUUGUUAUAGGCUGCAUUGACGAUGCAGAGGUAAAAGUAGGAGGUUCCGUGCAAAACAAGGGCUGGGCAAUUGAAAACGUUGAUUUCAAAGAUGCUUUGGAGCCUGAAAAAGUAAGGAUCAGAGGUUUUAAAAUAAAAAAGAUUGAACAGCUGGAGAAAAAUUUCAAUGAACCUGGGAAGUUUUCCUUGAAGCCCUGAGGUUACAUUUCCAAAAAGUAGCUUAUACUCUUUUUCUAAGAUGAUUUGCUUGUUCUUCAAUCUUGAGCUGUACAUUAUUAUAUUCAUUUUAAACUUCAGUAGAGAAUAAGUUUUUUUGUUUUGUCAGAAGUUCCAUUUGUUUGUAAUAGGGUGGUUGGUUUUUAUUGAGCAAGAGUAUCAGUAUGGUUGGUGGAAAUGCCGGUUUUCUUUCUUUUUCAA